AUGAGGCUGGUUUUAUUCCUUGGAUUGGAGGUUGGGGAGAGCGAAGGAGGCGCAGACGUGGAUUUUGCGUGGCCGCAGCGAAUCAGCGGAACUUCGCCUCAAUUGGUUUCUAAAUUUAUGGCGAUUUCCAUUGCGCACCCAAUGACAGCUUUCAUCAAAUACACAGGAGCAGGGCAAUCAAUAAAUGCAUCGGAAAAAACACGCGUCGUGGGUCUCUAUCCAACUGAAGAGAGGAAACUUAGGCUGCACUAUUUCCUGCAAUCGGGUGAUGAUCCUGCUGCUCUCGAUUUCUCAAUUGCGUUGGGUUAA